AUGUUCAUAAGUUCCAGAAAUUGGCGCCUAUCGGAUUCGAUGAAUGAGCUGGCAGAACGUUUAGCGGCAGACGGAGUAAUUAUUGAAGAAUGCGAUGUCCCGCCGGCAAUCAUACCUAAAGUUCCACUUCCUGUUUUUUAUAUGAAACACAAUCGCCUUCCUGUACCAAUGUCACGACAUUUUUGCCCAGACUAUCCCAAGAAUCUGAAAGCAUACUCGCCAACCCAGCAUCAGUGUUCUCUGUUUUCCAGACAACCUUCAGUGUGGAAAUACCGGUGGAUAGGACCGAGUGAAGAAAAUUUGGGUAAAGGAAGGAGGGUGCGAAAGGCAAUUGCAUUUGAAAAAAGAGGCCUUUGCUUAAGCCAGCUUGGACGAAUUGAUCGAGUUAGAGAGAGUCAUAAACCGAAAUGCGGCAGACCGACGUCGCUCACGCUGUCGUCAGCAUGUGAUGCUAAGAAAUAUUGUAAAGUCUGCUUGAGAAGAUAUCUUGGAAAGACAGAGAACGCUUGA